AUGUUCAUUCGCUUCUCUCUUUUUUUUUUUUCCCUUGCCAACCUCUCCCACUAUCCACCACUGCCGCCUCCCAUCCCUUUCUUCGUUUCGACUCCUCUGCUUCGCGUGGCUGUCUGCUUCUUUUUUUGGGGGCAUCAUCUCGCGUCACCCCUUGCGCUGCCAGUCCCUCGGCCGGAGAAGCGCAGUCAUUCAGGUUUUAAAGGAAGAAAGGGAGACGGAAGGGAGACGAAUCUUGCUGCUGCCGGUGUCCUUCUAUCAAAUCAAAAUCAUCCCUCUCGCAUCCCUCUCUGCAACUCGUUACCUCUUCUCGCGCAUCGCUUGCAGUUAUUCGCUGUCUGGGAACUUUCUCGCGUCCGCCUCGUCGCGCCAGUCCUCGUUCCUGUCGCCGCUGCAUCUUCGCGCGUCGCGCCUGCUUGUUUUGACGCCUGGGUUGUCACCCUGAAACAUUCCGUCUUAUCGAACAAUAUCGCAUUAGGCGCCGAGCGAAACUGCGAAGGUCCCUUCAAGGAUAUUGCGUGUUUCAGGCGCGUGGCCCCGUGCCUCAGCGCGAAAGAGUCCCCGCUUGUGCUUGUUCCUGCCCUCAUCCACACACUCUUGGGGUGUAUGGAGGCUUCAACAAGCGCAUUCGAAGCCCCCCGUGGUCUCGGAAUAGGCUGGUGA